GGAAGAACUACAUUUCCCAGGAAUCCGUUCUCCCGGCGAGGGUUUGCGCUGCCCCAGGAGAGGAGACUCCUAGGAUGCGUCCCCGAAUAGAGACGCUCCGAGUGCGAAGUGAUUAGAGAUGCGAGCCCAGGCGGGAAACUAGGGGACGGGAGAUAAAGUGGCCUCAUGACUAGGAAUGCCUGCCCAAAUAUCAGAAUUGGAGGUCAUGGAUGAAGAUCGAUUAAUUGAAGAAGUCUUGGAUAAGUUUGUUAAUUGCCAUGAACAAACAUAUGAAGAAUUUCUGAGCACUUUUACUCAUCUUUCAAAAGAGAAAAAUGUGACCAAAAGAGGAGCAUGUGGAACCGAGUCUUCAGAAAAUAUAUGUCCUUCAGUAAAAUUGGCUUGUGAAAAUGAACCAAAUGUUCAUCAUCCUAGAAAUAAAGCCAUAUUUCUUCGGGUUUCAUCACAAUGUUCAGAAGAGGAACAGAUAGUGAUAGAUGAAGGCCAAAAAGUUGGCAGUUCCUUUCAAGGUGAUCUGAAUCGGGCGGGAAAGGUGAAGGUAGACAAUUUCCUAGAUUUAGAAGAUUUGGAUGUGGAUGAAGAGAUUCAACCCCAAAUGAGCAAGGAUUUGCUGCUGCUUCCAGGAGAAGUGGAGGAGGAUGUGUGCACGCGUGUCCCUUCUUACAUUCCUUCUGUGGCCCAGCCCCUCGCCCCUGGCGUAAAGGCAGGACCCGCUGUGGGAGGACUGGACAAACAAAUAGAAGAGGAUUUUUCUCCUGCUACCUUUUACAGACACUCGGAGAUGAAGUUCAGCCCUUCUCACUUGAUGAAGAAUUUGAUUAUGAUGCUGUGAUGCUAACCCCCAAGUUCACUCCUGCAGAGAUGGAUGCGAUCACAGAGCUCUCCAAGCAAAAGAGGGACAUCGCCAGCACAGGCUUAGAGGAACCACACGACUGACUCACGGAGACAUCUUUGUGUUAAUGUGUAUUUCGUUGUUAUUCAAGCAACAUUGGAAUAAAAGGUAAUCCUACCAUAAUUCCCUUUGUAGAAAUUGACUUGUGCAUUCCUGAGAGAGACGGAGCUAUUAACUAACGAGAGCAAAGAGAUCUGUACAUUUAUGGGGCUCUCCUCUGUCAUGGUGUUGCUGAAUCCUGUAGCAGGUAGGGGUGGGGGGGAUGGAGGUGGCACAUGAGGACAGGAGCCACACCUCCAGAGGGUCCUUUUUUUUUCAUUAAAUUUUUUUUCUUUAAGCAUAGUUGACACACAAUGUUACAUUAGUUUCAGGUGUACAACAUAAUUAUUUGACAAGUCUAUGCAUUACGCUACACUCACCCCAAGUGUAGCUACCACCUGUCCCCAUGGUACGCUAUUACACUGUCACUGACUGUAUUCCCUAGGUAGCGCCUUUCAUUGCCGUGACUGGAAGCCUGUAUCUCCCACUCUCCUGCACCUGUUUUGUCCAUCUCCUCAGCCCCCCUCCCCUCUGGCACCCCACUUUAGUUUCGGCUAUCCCACCAGGGCGCUCUCUGUUCAGAGAGCUCAGGGACCUCCUGGCCCGCACACUGGCUCUCUCCCACCACCCCGCCAGGGCACCCCCUGCUCAGUGUACCCAGGACACCCUGGCUUGUGCCGCUUCAGCCUCAGCUCCCCUCCUGGAGUACCCACAGUGCACAGAACAGAAGGGCCCGUUUUGAUGUGAGCACAGCGACUAGGUAAUUGCUACAAAGAUCGGAAACAUCAUCCCACCUCCCUGGGGGUGAAGGACGUUGCACAUGUAUAACACGCUGUAGCACGUAGAGAGGAACCGAUGGUGUGGGGAGCUCCCUGGUCCCAGCUCUCCAGAAACAGCGGUGUGAAUGUGAGUGCUGAGAGGUUGGGCUUCUAGGAUCUAUCCGGAAAGGCUUCACUGAAAAAGAGGGCAUCUGAGAAUUGAUUAUAUGUCAUAUGCUAAAUUCUUGUACUUUAUUAUUGCCCCUAAGCCAUGCGUGAUGAUAGUUAGAAAGUACAAGGAAUGGUGUCUACCUCCAGAAGCUCAAAAUGUAAUUUAAGACGGCAAGACAUAGGUGGAGAAGGUAACUGGAGAAUGUGGAGGCAUAUCACGAAGUGCUAAUUGUGAAGAGUACCCGUGAAUGUGUUAAGGGAAGGAGAAAAGAACGGGGAAGGUGCAGAAGAAUGGGGAAGAGUGUGUCUGAAGCCAUUUUCAUUAUUAAAGGACUCGGUAACAAAUGUGUGUGGGCUUACUGAGUUGUCAUGCGGCCCUGGGCUGGGGUGUGCCACUUAUAUUCCUUACAAAGGACAUUCUUGAGUUGAUGUUGUCAUAGAGUCAAGAGAUUUCCACAUCUAUUUUUCUUUAUCCAGUCAUCAAACCCUCAUAAAGCACCGUUUUCAUGCCAGACCUUAAACUAGGUGACGGGGAAGAGAGAGUAAAUUGGACAUGGUCUGGUUUAGUCCGGGAGGCAGAUACCUACGCUAAUGACAGCAGAGCUGCUCUGUCCACUAGAAUAGCCACUAGCUGCGUGCAGCUCUGAGCACUUGAAAGGUAGCUAGUAUGACCGAGGGACUGAUUUUUAAAUGUUAAUUUUACUUUGAUGUGAAAUAAAAAGUUGCUAUAAUACACAGCACGGGGCAUAUAGUCGAAAACAUUCUGUUAACUUUGUAAGGUGACAAGUGGUAGGUAAUUGGACUCAUUGUGGUGACAUAAUCCAUUUUGCAGCGUGCAUGAAUGUCAAAUCCCUACUGUGUACACCCGAAACUAGUCCACUGUGUGCCAAUGACCAAGCAAGCAAGAAAGGGCCCAAGUCUUUUUUUAAUAAGUUGAUAUUUGAUGCAUUUAUUUUAAAACUUACAAGUAUAUUUGUAAUGAUGUGGGUACGGGGAUCUAUUUUUUUCAUCUGUAACUUUUAUGACAGACGUAAAUGCAGACCAAUUAUUUUUUAUGACAGCGUAGCACCUAAUGUAAAUAUGCUAUAAAUGUGAAACAAAUUGGAUUUUGAAGAAUUAAUCUAAAAAAUUGUAUUAUUUUUUUUGUGUUGAUUUCAUGUUGAUAUGAUAAUAUUAUAGACAUAUCUGGUCAAAUAAAAUCUAUUAUUAAAAUUCA